AUGGACGGAGUCCGUGCCCCUAGCCAGCCAGGCACGGGCUGUUGCUCAGAAGGGAGUGUCAGUCCCUCUGAGGCUACACCACCGGUGCAGCUCAACGUUUCGUUGACCGCGCGCAAAAACGUUUCUCAAACGUUGCCCCCUUCCGCAGGGGGCAACGUUCCCACGCGGUCAGAAAUCACCACGAAAGAAGUGACUCGUGAUGAAAACCGUGGAGUGUUGGAAGAACAAUGUCAGAGCGUUGCAAUAACGCCAGCCCCCAGCGCGCCGGAAGAGCGAUUGAGGAGCCGCAUGUGGACGUUGAUAGGCUGUCUGCCUCUCCGUGCUUCAGGGGAACGACGAGACACUGGUUCGAGAAGGGAACCCGCAAAGGGUCGGUCGCAAAAGGUCAUCAUAACGUUUUCCCCUCUGAGCACACUCCCAGUACUAUUGGGCGGUUUAUUCACCUGA